GACGAAUAUAAUUAAAGGCAAGAGUUGGCAAAUAUUUUAUGCACCAAAGUGAAGUCAUAUUAUAUUUGAUUUUUUACUAUAAGUGUAAGCCUUUCUUUUCUUUUUUGUCAAGCAUUUCUAUAAGUAGAAAAUAAAGUAUAAAGGAAACACUUUAGUUAAUUGGUUCAGUGACUUCUGUCUAAGAUAACUGUGUGGAAGUGUAUAUAUUAAGAAGAUUUAACUCAUGUCUAUACAUACAUACGAAGAAACAGGUUCCGGGAAGAAAAAAAUAGUCCUACACAUACAUACAUAUUUUUUAAUGGAAAAGGCGAGUAAAAUUGUAAAGUAAUUGAGAAUAAUUGUGGUGGACUAAUGGAAGUGAACAUAAAUACGAGGGGAAGGAACAUAAACAUUCUCCUUGUCUCUCACACUCCCAGACACACAUUCGUUCCAGUUUUCGUAGUUACUAACAUAUCUUUUUGUUAAGUGAAGUGUGAUAAAUAUAAUAUACAAACAUCAAUAUAAAUGAGCAUGUGCAGAUCGAACAUGAAAAGCAGUGAGUCUGGAGAGAUUGUAAACGGAGAAUGCGAUAUUUCAACGUCCGUAAAAGAAGAAACUAGUGGCAACGCCAAAUUCUCCGCUGGUCUCCGUCGCAUCCCUUUCAACGAGGCUUGUUUCUAUCUCCUUCUUGUUUACGUUUUCGUCCACAAAGUAUUUUUUGAUUAGGUUGGACAAUGCUUACUGUUUGAUUCAUACUUCUCGUGUGUUUUCAUUGGUGAAAACUAGUUUUCGUGAUUCAAGAUCUUAUUCACAUAAUAUAGAUACGUUAUCUACGUUUUUUAUACUAUACAUUUUCGGUCACUUUUUCAGGUUUUGGGGUGUAAAUUAUAUGGAAUUCUUGGAACUUGAUCUUAGACUGGACUGAAUGCCUGCUUUUGACUGUUUUAAUAGCAAUUUAAUGGAAAGUAAUGUAUCUCUUUUAGAAUCAGUUUGAAGAAAACUUCAAUAUUUUCACUUAGUUAACAAGUAUAUUGACAUCCAUUAUAUGUAACUAUUGUCUAUGUAUAUAUGAUGUAUGAAUGUGUGUGUGUUGAUAUUUAUAUAUAUGAAUAAAGCGUCACUAGUAUGAUAUGCAUCUUCGGAGCAUGUUUAUUGCGGGUCUCUUAGGUAGGUGUUCUUAACGUAAUAUAAGAUACAAUUUCUUAGCUUUUUUAAUUAAAAGCUAAGAAACUGUAUCUUAUGUUACGCUAAGAAUCCCAACCUAAGAGACCUGCAAUAAACAUGCUCUCAGUUUCAUGGAUUGAGAUAUAUGCUUUGUUUCGGGGUUGUACUUACUAAGAAAAGUUUUCUAUAUAUGUUUCCUCAUUAUAUACUCCUUCCGUUUCAUAUUAAGUGUCGUUUUAGAGAAUUUUUUUCAUUACAAAAUAAGUGUCGUUUUCGAUUUUCAAUGCAAAAUUUAUUAAUUUUAUGCAAAAUUUAUUUUUCUAUUGGUUGAAAUAUGGUUAGGUGUAUAGGUAAUAGUGUUUUUUUAUACAAAAUUAAUUGUUUUCUUAAUCCGUGUGCCGAAACCUAAAACGACACUUAUAAUGAAACUAAGGGAGUAUAUUUUUAUUAGCUCAUUUAGUUAGCACAAAGUACUUUAUUAUCUUAUUAGUUCCAUUUUAAAUAUAAUCUACUUACUUUUCAUUUACUUUCUUGAAAACUCUUAACUCAUUUUCUUUUUGAUAUCUCAAUUAUAGUUCAUUAUAUUUUUAUGAUAUAUGAAUUCUUAGACGAUUUUGUGUUUGUAAAGUAUUGAUAUUUCUAGUGAAAAUCAUAAAAUGAAAGAUAUCUAAGCUUAGUGUUACAAAAAAAAAAAAAAAAAAGAUAUCUAAGCUGAUUUGUUUUCAAAAAGAAAAUAAAAGGUGCGUUUUUUAGAACCCAUGAUGACUUUUAUUAAAAAAGAUCCUAGAAUGUUGGUACAGUUAGUCAUUCGCUUUUCUGUCACUAGUGAAUUUGAUUAUUCAGUUCUAAAAGUUAUAGAAUUUAAACCUUUUUCUCUUCUUUUUGAACUUUCUCCUUCCAGUCCCAGUGGCCAUGUGAUGCGACCAUCUUCCUCGUGCUUCCAAAUUGCUCAUAAUUUUUAAUGAUAAAUAUUAUUUUCGUAGUAUAUGUAAUAUCGUUCUGUUGAUCACAAUAACAAUUUUCUUUAAGCCUACUUUUUUUAAUACAAAGAGCGUUUUGUACUUGAAAUGUAAAAAAAUAGUCAAAUACUAUAUUAUACAAUUCGUAAAUUGGAAAUUUAUUAAAUUUUUUCUCAACACUUGUUUAGUUUUGUUUAUAGAACGAGUACUAAUGAGUGGGUAUAUACAGUACCAGUCCUGAGGGGAAGCCAUAGAAUUAUAGAAGUAUGUGUUUCCAGCCUUGUUUACGAUAAAUAAAUAUUCGUCCGCAAAUUUAACAGAAUCUCUUGUAGCUCAGUUGGAUAAUAACCUGCAAAUAUCAUGAGAGGUGAAUGGUUCAGUUCUCAAGUCAUUUUUCAACAUUUUUGUUACCAUUUAGUAUUUUGGGCUUCCGACCCCCGAGUCAGUGGCGGAUGUAGCCAAUUUUUUUGUUGGGGGCAAGUUACAAGUAAACAUAGAAAUUAGAGGUAGAAUAUAAAUAUGAGUGAUGUAUCAUAUUAACGAUGCACAAAGAUAGAGAUUAAAUAACAUAAAGGAAAAAUAACUAGUUUUUUUUUUUUGUUAAUGUCAAUAUAAUUAUCUCUUGCAUCUUUAUAUAUAAUAUUUUCUUGAAUGCGUUUUGCUGUAAGUCUAGAACAGUAAAAUAAUAAAUAGUUGUUCAAUAAUUGAAAAAACUAACGAAAAUGUCACAACUUUUUUUCCAUGCAGGUGGGAGAGGAGAUGGCAUCGCUAACAAAAAUAGCAUGCCCGAUCGUGAUGACAUCACUCCUCAUUUUCUCCAGAUCAUUAAUCUCAAUGUGGUUUCUAAGUCACCUCGGGAAAGUUGAACUCGCUGGCGGUGCACUCGCCAUGGGCUUCGGAAACAUCACUGGAGUCUCCGUACUCAAAGGUCUUUCCGUUGGUAUGGACCCAAUCUGUGGCCAAGCCUUUGGAGCCAAACGUUGGACCGUACUUAGCCACACGUUUCAGAAAAUGUUCUGUCUCUUAACAGCCGUUUCUAUACCAAUAGCCGUUGCAUGGCUCAACAUCGAACCCAUAUUUCUCAGGUUGGGUCAGGACCCCGACAUAACCCGUGUCGCUAAGAGUUACAUGGUCUUCUUCGUCCCUGAGUUACUAGCUCAGGCCAUGCUCCACCCGCUCCGAACGUUCCUCAGAACGCAAGGCUUAACGUCACCGUUGACCAUAUCAGCGAUCAUAUCCAUUCUUCUACAUCCUCUAUUUAACUACGUCUUCGUCGUGCGUAUGCGUUUAGGUGUUGAAGGCGUGGCGGUAGCGAUGGCUUUCAACACUAUGAACAUCAACGUGGGACUGCUCGUUUACACGUGUUUUUCGGACUCUCUAAUCAAACCGUGGGAAGGACUUGCUUUGCGGUCGCUUUUUCGCGGCUGGUGGCCGCUGCUUUCUCUAGCCGCACCAAGCGCUAUCUCGGUGUGUUUGGAGUAUUGGUGGUAUGAGAUAAUGCUUUUUCUUUGUGGGCUUCUCGGUAACCCUAAAGCAAGUGUGUCGGCCAUGGGGAUAAUGAUUCAGACAACGGGGCUACUCUACGUAGUCCCAUUCGCUAUAAGCACGGCCAUUGCGACUCGUGUAGGACAUGCGCUUGGUGGCGGCCAUCCUACACGGGCGCAAUGUACAACCGUUAUCGGUCUGAUACUCGCAGUAGCGUACGGUUUAUCAGCUGCUGUCUUUGUGACCGCACUUAGGUCGGUUUGGGGAAAGAUGUUCACAGACGAACCGGAGAUUCUUGGGUUGAUUUCGUCGGCGCUUCCGAUCUUAGGGCUUUGCGAGAUCGGAAACUCGCCGCAGACGGCGGCUUGCGGAGUCUUGACGGGCACGGCGAGGCCUAAAGAUGGAGCACGUGUUAACCUAUGCGCGUUUUACAUCGUGGGCUUGCCUGUGGCAGUCACGUCCACGUUUGGGUUUAAAGUUGGGUUUUGUGGGCUUUGGUACGGAAUGCUAGCUGCGCAGAUCACAUGUUUGGUUAUGAUGCUUUGUACGUUGGUUCGUACGGACUGGGAACAUCAGGUGAAACGAGCGGAGGCACUUACCGCCGCCGCAGCUGAUAGAAGUCGUUCGGAAGAAGAAACCAUCCGUACCGAAGUCGAAAAUGAUGAUGAUUUAGAGACGGGUUUAUUACAAAACACAAAUGACUAAUUUAGAGUUGUUUAAAAUUUUCAGUCGGAAAUUUUAACGGAUUGUUAAUUAUAUAUAGGGUUGUUUUUUCUUUGGGUGCAAAAUAAAAUACUCAAGAUAGAUUUGCAUCCAAAUUGCUAUAGCCAAUAUCUUGGUAAGAGAGUCAUAAGUACCAUUUAAUUGGUUGAGCUAAGUUUUGUUAACAUGUAAGCUAGUUUAUUGGUUAUUUAUUAACAAGUUUUCAUAUGGCUCUUUAUGUAAAGUCAACUCAAAACUCUGAAGUAUGUAGUGAAGAAAUAGUUGUGACGAAGUUUAAAUGAUUUACUAAAUCUUGAUUGUGCGUCCGCACAGAUGUUUUUUUAUUUAUUUAAUAGAUAAUAUUAUGAUUUAGUUUGAUUUACAAAUAGAUUAUAAAUAAUUAUAAACGUGUUGGCUAUUUAAAUUGUGGUUAGAUGCUAAAUUAAUCAAAAUGACAUCUAAAUAAAUUUGAUCAUUUUUCCUUCAUGG